AUCAUUGUCUUUGAGCAAGAAAAUUUCCAAGGUCACUGCCAUGAACUUAAUGCCGCUUGUUCCAAUUUGAAGGAGGCCGGAAUGGAGAAGGUUUGCUCCAUCCUAGUACACUAUGGACCCUGGGUUGGCUAUGAACAGCCAAACAGCAAAGGUGAGCAAUUUGUGUUUGAAAAGGGCGAGUAUCCCCGCUGGGAUUCCUGGACCAACAGCCGGAGAAGUGACACUAUCGGUUCCCUGAGACCCAUCAAAGUGGACAGUCAGGAACACAAGAUCGUGCUCUAUGAAAACCCCAGCUUCACCGGCAAGAAGAUUGAGAUCAUAGAUGACGACGUGCCCAGCUUCCAUGCCCAUGGCUACCAGGAGAAAGUGUCGUCGGUGCGGGUGCAAAGCGGCACCUGGGUCGGAUACCAGUACCCUGGCUACAGAGGCUACCAGUACCUGUUUGAAAAGGGGGACUAUAAGGACAGCUCAGAAUUUGGUGCCCAGCACCCCCAGAUUCAAUCCGUCCGGCGCAUCCGGGACAUGCAGUGGCAUCAGCGAGGGGCCUUUCACCCCACCAACUGAGGCCUCUCCCCUCUCCUGAGUGCCCGGAGGAGGAAGGAAACCAGAACGAGCUUGUAUGUGACCUGCUGCUGUUUCCCAAAGGCCUUGCUCUGCCG